GUGUUUGUAAAUUGUGCUGGAAAUCUGCAAGAUUUCCGCUAAAACUGCACGCAGUUGUUUGCGUUGAACAUUCCGUGAUAGAAAGUGAUAAUUUUCUAGAGUGAAAACCGGUCGGAUACGGUGAUUUUUUUGAUGUUUACCCUUGGUUGGAAAUCCUGCGUGAAAGUAGCAAUACUGAAAAUUUUCCCAAGCAAGCAGCUGUGAUAAAGUGUUGAGAAGAAGCAGUAGUGUGUCCUUUCGUGUCUCUCUGAACUGAGAAGGAAGAAAAAGACAAAUUGAACGAUAACAUACAAGGAGGGAGAAGAUAGCAAAGAAGAACGUAAUCGCCAGGAUCGCCGAUUGAGCAAUAAUUAUGAUGGAAUCGGUGGUAAUUAGUGAUAGCAAAUUAUCCCCGUCUGCCGAUGGUAAAAAGUUGAAACAAAGUCGGUUGCCAUUUCAAGUCCUUUCUGGCUCGCCAGCAACUCCGCCGGCGCCAAUCACCGGAGGAGAAUCGCGCAAGCGGAAAUCGACAGUUGAUCCCACCGCGGUUGAUGGUGGUGGAGCGCGGGCAACCAAAAUCUGUCGCAUUUCGGAAGUGAAGGAAAAUGUCAAGGAAGCUACCGGCGCCGGUAUCGAACUGUCGGGGGUAGUCGUUCUGGAUGAUGGAAGCAAUAGUGCCGAUAUGGUGGACGUUCGACGAGAAGAUAAAAAGCUGGUCGCCGUGAAGGUGGAAUCCUCGAGCUCUGUCAAACGAAAUGGAGCGAUUGAAGAGGAUGAGGAGGAGGAGGAGGAGAGCAGCGAGUCGGUCAAGAAAAACGAUAAGAUUAUGAUUAAAUUUCCCGUGGGUAACAAGAAAAAGGAGAAAAAAGAUGAUAAGAUUCAAAAGGAAGCGGGAUCUGGUAAGAAGAAAGUACACAAGGAGAAGAAAAAACAAAAGAAGGACACUAAGCGCAACGCGAAUAAACAGGGGAAUUCAACGGACAAAAAAGAAGUUCUUUUGGUGGAAGAUAGUGAUUUGUCUGAUGGAGAAAAAAAUGUAGGACAAGAACAUAAGGAACAGAACGAAGGCUCUGUUGAUGAAAAGAUUGAACCUCCUGAAGACUCUGUUAAGGACAACGAAGUUGAGGCUAAGUCUGAGACGCAGAAAGAAGAACCUGUAACCCGUGAAGAGGAAAAAGUUGCCGAAGCGGAAACAGCGAAAGCAACUCCGGAUGUUGUGAUUAUCGAUGAAAAAGUUUUGACAGACGAGAAGACCGACAUAAAUGAACCCGAAGUAACGGAAAAGGAAAACGUGGAGAGUGAAGCACCCACGCCUCGCCGUGGUAGAUCUUCACGUGUAAUAAAGACGAGUCCCGUUGCACCAAAAACAGCCGAGUCAACCGAAAAAGAGACGGAAAAGAACGUUAAACCUGUUGAGGAAGCUUCGCAGAAAUCAAAAUCUUCGAAAAAGCUCGCAUCUGGUAAGAAAAACGCUCCCAAAAAGGAAGAGUCUCCAAAAGCACAGACAGACGAACCGGAGAAAAGACAAACACGUGGAGCGUUGGAUAAGUUUUUCGCAAAGGUCGAUGGCACUAAGUCAACCCCGAUUGAAUGUGAACCAGUUGAUAAAUUAAAUGAGACCCCCUCCCAGCCGGAAUCAGUAGAAGAAACUGAGCAAAAAACACCGGAAAAGGCGGCACCUGUAGCUGACAACGGAGCAGUCGAAAUGGACAUCGACCAGCAGCCAGCAGACACCAAGAUGACCGGAAACAACAGCAGCAUUAUGAGUAUUUGUCUCGAUGAGUUGUCCGAUGGAAACACGGCGGACGAUGAGGAGAAUGCCUACAUGCUGUGUACUCCCAACACCAAGGAACGCACUCUGCUGUCGGCUGAAGAACAGAAGAAAAAGCUUACCCCGAAACAGCUGGCGCGUCGCGUCGAAGCGGAGCGGCGACAGGCACUCAAACAGCAGGAGCUGGAAGAAAAGAAACGCAAAAGGCAGGAAGAGAAAGACGCCCGACAGCGAGAACGUGAAGAACAGGAACGCUUGAAGAAGAAAGAAAGGGAAGACAAGGAGGAGCAGAAACGCAAGGAGCGCGAGGAGAAGGAAGAACUUAAGCGAAAGGAACGCGAAGAGAAGGAAGAACAGAAGCGUAAGGAACGGGAAGAGAAGGAGAAGAAGCGGCAAGCAGAGCUGGAUGCGAAAAAUGAGGAAAAGCGUAAAAAGGACGAGCAGAAGGAGGAAGAACGACGCAAGAAGGAGGAGGAAAAAGAAGCGGAGGAAAAGCGUAAGCAAAAAACGGCGCAAGCUUUCCAGAGCUUUUUCGUGAAGAAAGCGAACGGCCGGGAAGGCAAACAACAUUCAGAGGACGAAAACUCGAUGGAUCAGCAACAGUUCGGUGUGGAUGCCGAGGUGACUCCCAAGCAGCAAACUUUCAUGCCUUUUUGCGUGAAGGGUGACAUGCGGCUUGCGCCGCUUUGUCGAGCUUUGCUCGAAGGUGAUCGGAAAAAUUUGUUGGAUGAAAUUUUAAGGAAAUCUAGUGAUGAAAAUGGAAACGAUGCCGAAGUCGUUAAGGAUCGUAAGCGGCUUUAUUUGGCACAGUUAAAGGUACCCGGUUAUACGAUCGGCAAAAGUGACCGAACAUGGGUUGCUCAGGAUGAGGAACAGGAGGAAGACGACGUAAUAGUUAUUGACGAUACUGUUUGCCACCAGAUUGAGGUAGAUCCGGCAGCUGCUCCAGCUAAGCGAUAUCGCGCUAAGUACUUCCUGUUCGAGGAAAACCGUCGGCCACCGUAUCUGGGAACGUGGCGAAAGAAAAGUGCCAAAAUCAGUGCCCGCCAUCCGUUCGCUCAGGAUACGAAAUUUUUCGACUACGAAGUAGACUCCGACGACGAGUGGGAAGAGGAGGAACCCGGUGAAUCGCUGCAUGGCAGCGACGACGAGAAGGACGUCGACACCGAGGAGGACUACGAGGUGGACAACGACUUCUUCGUACCACACGGACAUCUCAGCGACGAAGAAAUGCAAGCGGAGGACGACGCCCUGGAAGACAAUAGCCCCGAAACGCAGAAAGCGAAGCUUAAAAUUUUGCAGUUGGAAUUCGCAGCGGAGAUGAAAAAGAAAACGGAAAAAAUCAAACCCCGCCUAAUCGGUUGCAUCUGGGAGAAUGCCGGAACCGGAAGCGACGGCGACCGUCCGGAGUGCUCGGCCGUGAUUUGGGACAUUUUGAAGGCGCGAGCAAUGCUGUUUGAUCCGGAAGAACCGGUUUCCUUUACCGUACAGAAAACCGAUCCGGAAUCGAACCAAUCCUCGCCCAACAAGGAAAAGGAAUCGGUUGAGCUUCGGCUCAAAAAGACCAAGCUAGUCGAUGAGGGCGUUAAGGAACUGAUACAGCUCGUGCACGGUUGUGCGCAUAAUAAGCAGUUCUUGGUCAAAGAGUUUCUAGCUUACUGGGCCAAACGGAGGGAUGAGGGAGAACUCGGGGUGCCGCUGUUCGCUCCCGAGAGUAUCCGGACUAAGAUGGUGGAGAUCAGCUCUUGGAGACCUUGCCCGGACGAGGGUCCAAUGCAGAACAAAAUGUGCUGGUACGUGCAUAAGGAUGUUCUGAAGAAAUAUCAACUGACAGAUAUUACGGUUCCGACCGAUUGGAACUUCAUCCUGAAGCCUAUUGCUAAAAGUAAGAAGGACAAAAAGGAACGUAAAGAGACGGACGAAGUGAAAGGCGGAGAGAAAGAGGAGAAAACGCCCCCGAAGAAGGAGUCCUCCGAAGAAAAGGAAAAGAAAGAACGUUUACAUCCAACCCCUACAUCAUCUGCCGCUAAACCGAAAACACCCGCCGCCAGCAUUACCAAGUUCACGAAGAAACUUUCCGACGAUGACAAACGGAAACAGUUCGGUAAAAUCCGAAAGAGUGGAUCAUCCGCGGCAGCAGCAGCAGCAGCAGCAGCGUCUUCCAGUAGCAGUCCUACUAGCAAAACUCCAGUAGGCGCUGUUGCUACCGGUAGCAAUAGGUCCAAAAAAACUUCGAAAGCGGCUACUAGUUCACCUGGUGGUGCUGCCGUGGUCAAGCAGGUGGCGCAGCAGCCGAAGAAGCGUGUCCAGUUGCUGAUGUCCGUUCCGAAGGGGCAAACCAUAAAUGAAUCGUUGAAAAAUAAUCUGAUUAGUCAGUUUUUGGCGAAAGGGGGCAGUAGCAAAAGCAAACCGUCCGAACCUAUGGAGGUUGAUCCUCCCACAGGUAACGGGGAGGAAGUUAUUGUACUAGAUGAUUAGGAAUAGGCAGCUGGGAGUGCUACAGUGUUGUGUUACUCUGAAAAAUAUUGUAAUUUAUUGAAUCCCGUCGUAUCUACCUUUUAGCAACCGGAGCUGGAAGUUGCGUGAAAAACCGCACCAAGGUUCUGCUCAACAAUAUUAUGUUAUUCGCAAAAGCUUAUUUUUACUGUAUCUAGUUUGUAGUCGCGUAUAUCUCUGCUAAUCGUAUAUAUUAUAAUAGCUGCUAUUGGGUCUCUUUUGCCGGUCUUUUUUUAAUGUUCUCGAUAUGAAAAGCACGUCACGCAGGCUGCAUUUUAUUGUGCUGUCCACUCAAAAUACACACAAUCGCAACGGGCAACCAGUGCCGGGCAGAGAGCAGUGAUGAAUAGCCAAACAAUAAACGGUGCGGUUAUCGUUCCUUGCGAAUCGUUUGGUGGUACUUUUGCAAUCGAAUGGGAAAUGCAAAUUACUGGAAGAGAUGGUCCGAGCGGACACAACAACAAAAAAAAAAACAACCAAGAGUUGAAUAAACUUCGGUAAACUUUACAUUAUAUAUUAUU